UGUAUGAAAAGGUUAGAAGGGAGGAAGUGGGAUCAGACAAUAAUUUAAGCAGCAGCAGCAGCAGAGGAAUUUGCACGUCUCGGAGCAGUUGGUUUAAUAGUUCUCAAGACAUCAGUCACUUUUCGUGAAUUACGAACGCUAUAAUGCAGAGGGAGGACAAACCCAGCCUGCUGCUCUCCUUCCACACUGAGCCCAAACAAGAGUCACUGGAUUCUGAUUUCGAAACUCAAUGGGCAUUGGGGGAUUCAGAGAUGGCAUCAGUAAAGCUGGAGGACAAAAGUCAAAAACUGGGGCUGAAUGUUAUCAUUAAAGAUGACAAGGAGAAGAAUGUGGUUAUCAUUAAUAAUGGAGAGGGAGAUUUACUCACUCAAGAUGGGAUUCCUGAAGUGGAGACACUUGGAGAGAAACAACAGGAAGACUACAAUCAUAAGAAGUCUCACCACUGUCCCCACUGUGAAAAACAUUUCUCAUUUCCAUCACUGUUAAAAAAACACAUUAAGAUCCAUACUGGAGAGAAGCCUUACUCCUGUUCUGACUGUGGAAAGUGUUUCUCUCAAUUAGGUCAUCUUAAACUUCACCAGUGCAUACAUACUGGUGAGAAGCCUUACUCCUGUUCUGACUGUGGAAAGUGUUUCUCUCAUUUAGGUAAUCUUAAACUUCACCAGCGCAUACAUACUGGUGAUAAGCCUUACUCCUGUUCUGACUGUGGAAAGUGUUUCUCUAAAUUAGGUCAUCUUAAACUUCACCAGCGCAUACAUACUGGUGAUAAGCCUUACUCCUGUCCUGACUGUGGAAAGUGUUUCUCUAAAUUAGGUAAUCUUAAACUUCACCAGCGCAUACAUACUGGUGAUAAGCCUUACUCCUGUUCUGACUGUGGAAAGUGUUUCUCUCAAUUAGGUCAUCUUAAACUUCACCUGCGCAUACAUACUGGUGAGAAGCCUUACUCCUGUUCUGACUGUGGAAAGUGUUUCUCUCAUUUAGGUAAUCUUAAACUUCACCAGCGCAUACAUACUGGUGAUAAGCCUUACUCCUGUCCUGACUGUGGAAAGUGUUUCUCUAAAUUAGGUAAUCUUAAACUUCACCAGCGCAUACAUACUGGUGAUAAGCCUUACUCCUGUUCUGACUGUGGAAAGUGUUUCUCUCAAUUAGGUCAUCUUAAACUUCACCAGCGCAUACAUACUGGUGAGAAGCCUUACUCCUGUUCUGACUGUGGAAAGUGUUUCUCUCAUUUAGGUAAUCUUAAACUUCACCAGCGCAUACAUACUGGUGAUAAGCCUUACUCCUGUCCUGACUGUGGAAAGUGUUUCUCUAAAUUAGGUCAUCUUAAACUUCACCAGCGCAUACAUACUGGAGAGAAGCCUUACUCCUGUUCUGACUGUGGAAAGUGUUUCUCUCAAUUAGGUAGCCUUAAACUUCACCAGCGCAUACAUACUGGUGUGAAGCCUUACUCCUGUCCUGACUGUGGAAAAUAUUUCUCUCUUUUAAGUAGUCUUAAACUUCACCAGCACAUACAUACUGGUGAGAAGCCUUACUCCUGUUCUGACUGUGGAAAGUGUUUCUCUCAAUUACGUAGUCUUAUACUUCACCAGCGCAUACAUACUGGUGUGAAGCCUUACUCCUGUUCUGACUGUGGGAAAUGUUUCUCUCAUUUAAGUAGUCUUAAACUUCACCAGCACAUACAUACUGGUGAGAAGCCUUACUCCUGUUCUGACUGUGGGAAGUGUUUUAUCUCAUCAUCUCUACUUACUAGACAUCAGAGAGUGCAUAUUGGUGAGAAGCCUUACUCCUGUUCAUACUGUGGGAAGUGUUUUAUCUCAUCAUCUCUACUUACUAGACAUCAGAGACUGCAUACUGGUGAGAAUCUGUACUCCUGUUCUUACUGUGGGAAGUGUUUUACGACUUCAUUUUCACUUACUAGACAUCAGCGAGUGCACACAGGUGAGAAACCUUUGAGAGAAAUAAGUAUUUGACCCCUCCGCAAAACAUGACUUAGUACUUG